CUUUGACUACUUCCCCCAAAAAAGUACACACUGCUUUGACUCAGGUCAAACUUGGACUUUAUCCAUCAUUCCAUCCUCUCUCCCAGUCCCAUCCUCAACCUCAUAACACUUUCCUAAUUGCCUCAUAUGCGGCCUUCCCAUCCGUAUUGUUUUCAGUUUAUCACACUUGUUGGGUCAUGAAUUUCUGAAGCUGACCAUGGCCAUUUCUGGUGCACUCUUUCUCCCUGGUAUCUUUCAAAGCUUGAGUAUACUAGCUGUUCUUGGGGUUCUUGUUACUAAGAGUGGAGCUGCUGAUUUUCAAGAACAACCAGCUUGCGUUCCUUUCUCCUGUGGACAUCUUGAAGGUAUCAGGUACCCUUUCCGUUUACAAGGUGAUCCACUUGGCUGUGGUGAUGAAGCUUAUGAGCUAGUCUGUAGAGAUGGCAGAGCUAUAAUUCACAUCAACACAGGAAAAUAUUUUGUGAAAGACAUCUCCUAUAACGAGUCUAGAUUUUGGGUUGUUGAUGCUAAUUUAGACAACAGCAGUUGCCCUCUUCCACUGUGGAAUAAUCUUCCCUACUUCAAUGACAUGGGCACUAAGCUGUACACUUCUGCAGUUCGGUGGGCUACAUUUCUAAAUUGCUCACGGGCGAUAAACAAUGGCAUGUACAUGCCUGUUGCUUGCUUGAGUGGGAAUACUUCUUUUGUUUAUGUCUUGACUACAUCGAGCUCUUACUAUGUUCAAAACAUCGAGCCUUCUUGUGGAUACUUGGCUGUGAUUCCUGUGGAUGAUCGUACAAAGAAUGUACCAGACUAUGCAAGCUAUGCAGAUGUUGUGAAAUUCAUGAGGAAUGGUUUUCCUGUUUCGUUUCCUCGAGUUGAAUCCCCAAGUCAUUCUCCAGUCAUCAAAGCCUGUGCGAGAGAUACAUUCCAAAACUUUAAGGAGCAAAUGUAUAGUAGGAACAUUCAAAACUGGACUUCUGCCAUUAUUGGGACCGAGCUACAAUUUUUAGGAUGUGUAAUUAAUUAUUACUCUAGUGCCACGCAAGUUUGGGUUACUCUCGUUCUGGUAUUUGCCGUAGAGAUUGUUAAGUGCAUUAUAGUACUAUGCAGGUUCAUCUUGGCGCCGUUGACUGUUUUGACCUUCCUCGGUUACAAAUACCGGAAAACAAGGAUAUCUAUCGACGCAGUAGAGAAGUUUCUCCGAAUGCAGCAAGCUCAUGGUCCAAAGAGGUAUGCGUACACAGAAAUCACUGCAAUCACAGGCCAUUUCAGGGAGAAGCUAGGCCAGGGGGGCUAUGGUUCUGUGUACAAAGGUUUCCUUCCUGGCGAUGGUCAUGUUGCUAUCAAGAUGCUGAGCAACUCCAUGUGCAAUGGAGAAGAAUUCAUCAGCGAGGUUUCCACCAUUAGCAGGAUACACCAUGUGAAUGUGGUGCGCCUUGUUGGAUUUUGCUCGGAGGAACUUAGGAGGGCUCUUGUAUAUGAGUACAUGCCCUGUGGAUCUCUAGACAAGUACAUUUUCUCACCCGAGAAGAGUCUAUCUUGGGACAAGCUCAAUGAGAUUGCUCUAGGAAUUGCUAGAGGGAUCGACUACUUGCAUCAUGGUUGUGAUAUGCAGAUCAUGCACUUUGACAUCAAGCCACACAACAUCCUUCUGGAUAGCAACUUCACUCCAAAAGUCGCCGACUUUGGGCUGGCCAAGCUAUACCCAAGGGACGACAGCUUGGUGCCGGUGAGUGCUGCACGGGGAACGAUAGGGUACAUCGCUCCUGAGAUGAUAUCUCGAAGCUUUGGCACCAUUUCAUGCAAGGCUGAUGUUUACAGCUUUGGGAUGUUAUUGCUGGACAUUGCUGGUGGUAGGAGGAACAGGGAGCAGCAUACAUCCAACUCAGCCCAUCUUUAUUACCCAGCUUUGGUGUAUGAUUGCCUAACUCAACAAGAAGUGAGCGAGAUUUCAGAGGAUAUUGGUAUCCACUGGGUAGAAAGGAAGUUGUGCAUUGUUGGGUUCUGGUGCAUUCAGAUGAAACCAGCUGAACGGCCUUCGAUGAGCGAGGUUGUGGAGAUGCUCGAAUCUGAUGAUCCUGAUAACCUGCAGGUACCUCCGAGACCUUUCUUUGGUGUGGAUGAUCACAUCUCUGAGAUGGAUGAUUGCUGCAAUUCUUCAUCAAAGUCAAGUGCAAUCUCAGAGGAUGACUGAAGCAAACUAGGAUAGCGACUUGACAUUCCUGCCCACGUAUAUAUUCAGUUCGUGCCCUGCUUUUUGCCUCAUCUUUUUGCGGGUUAUUUGUUUCGCUUUUUUUCAUCUAUCCCUGUAUAUAUCUUGCUAUAAUUUUCUCCUGCUCUAUUAAUAUAUACAAGGCAAAGCUUUUGCCUUCCUUUAAAAAAAA